GGGAGAUUGUGUCGAUUCGCUUUCGUGACGGCUCGUAGAAACACGCGGAUAGCGUGCGGACGUAUCCAUCUAGGGGACUUUGGAAAAUGCUCGACAACGACUGAGCAACUGUAACUGUGGAAAGUGCGCGGAAAAAUGUUCGACCUGUAGAUUUCCUCUGGUGGUACGGUAGAGCUCGAGUUGGUAUAUUCGCUUUCGAUUGGAUGCAGUGGUGUCUGAUUAGUGAAAUGUCUGGCCAGGAUCUCGCAGUGCGUUUCAUGUUUUUGUGUGUUGUGAUCAAUUUUGGAGUAGUCCAAUGCGGUAGCUCGUCCGGAUACUACGGUCAAUAUCGUUCGCCGAGGAUCACCGAGCAUCCGUCGGACAUCAUCGUGGCCAAAAACGAACCGGUCACCCUGAACUGCAAAGCAGAGGGGCGACCUGAUCCCGUCAUCGAGUGGUACAAAGAUGGCGAGUUGGUGAAAACCUCGCCUACGGACAACAAAUCCCAUCGGGUGCUGCUUCCCGCCGGAUCGUUGUUCUUCCUGCGGACUAUGAACAGUAAAAAGGAACAGGACGCGGGUGUGUAUUGGUGUGUGGCCAAAAACGCUGCCGGCUCGGCUACUAGUAGGAACGCGACACUGCAAGUUGCUGUGCUUCGUGACGAAUUCAGGGCCGUACCUACCGACACGAGGGUAGCUGCGGGUGAAACGGCCUUGCUUCAAUGCGGUGCUCCCAAAGGGCACCCCGAACCGAAUCUGGUGUGGAAAAAGGACGGGAAAGAGAUGGACGUUGAUGGGAGGCGGAUACGGAUCGUCGACGGGGGCAAUUUGAUGAUCGCGGAAGUCAGACAACACGACGAAGGGAAUUAUCAGUGCAUCGCGCAAAACUUGGUCGGUUAUAGGGAAACUCCACCGGCUGCCCUUAGGGUAUAUGUAAAACCGUUCUUCAACAAGGAACCGAAGGACUUCGAAGCACUGGCGGCCCAAAGGGUCAUCUUCGAAUGUUCAGUAGACGGUGACCCCAUGCCGAACGUCAUUUGGCGACGCGACGAUGGAAAAAUGCCUCUGGGACGUGUGUCCAUUCUAGACGACAAAUCGCUGCAGAUAGACAACGUGCAACCCGGCGACGAAGGCGUCUACAUAUGCAACGCGGACAACUUGGUGGGCAGCGUGUCGGCCAAAGCAACCUUGGUUGUGUACUCUCCGCCUACGUUCGUCGAGCGUCCCAAGGACCAAACUGCUUCCCUAAACGGAGUAGUAGAAUUCCACUGUUCCGCCACUGGGAACCCAAAACCGUCGAUUUUCUGGAGCAAAGAAGGUUCCCAGAUACUAAUGUUCAGCGACAAUUCCAACGGCCAUAUGCACGUCAACGCCCACGGAACCUUAAGGAUACAAGGCGUUCAAAGGGAGGACGCCGGCUGGCUGGUCUGCAAUGCCCUGAGCGUAGCGGGUUCCAACAGCGUCAGAGCUUUCAUGCAGGUUACAUCCGUGGCCGAUCAACCCCCGCCGAUCAUCCAGAUCGGACCGGCGAACCAAACCCUCCCGUUUCACAGUGACGUCACGUUACAUUGCAAAGCCUCUAGUCCCGAAGGAAACCCGCCGAUCACCAGAUGGUUGAAGGACGGCAAACACCUGACAAAAGACAACCUGCCUGGUCGACUUACGCUGAACCCCGAUGGAAUAUUGAUCAUAGACGAUUUACAACUUGAAGAUUCCGGUCUCUACACUUGUUCAGCGACUUCGGAAAGUGGUGAAAGCUCGUGGUCUGCAUCAUUGAACGUGGUCGAAGGAUCGACAGUACCAUUGCAUCGCAGUCCCGACCCAUCAACAUUUCCUAAGGCACCUUCGGCACCGAGGAUCCUCAACGCUACAGAGUCAAGCAUCAGCCUCUCUUGGGACGCGGACGAAUCGGACACCACCUUAGUCGGGUACACCGUCGAAUAUUGGAGUCCGGACCUGCAAACGGGUUGGGUAAUUGCAGCGCACCGUGUCCAGACCCCUUACAUGAUAGUCAGGGAGCUGAAGCCCGACAGUUCCUACGUUUUUAUAGUCCGGGCUGAAAAUGCGCACGGAUUAUCGCCAGCGAGUCCGGUGUCGAAGACUGCGAGAACUUUAGCCAAUUCGCGAUCUCUGCCGGGAUCCGAGCUGGACACUGCCCGAGCAGCCCUGAGCACGAAGCUCAUCGAGCUCCAAGACGCCAGGGCUCAGUCAUCGAGCUCAGUCAGGCUCGUAUGGCUACUAACUUCAGUCGACUACGUGGAAGGUUUCUACAUCAGAUUUAGGGAACUUUCCGGAGGUUCCCAUAACUACAACAUUCUGACGGUGCUUAACAUCGACACCACCUUCUAUACCGUGACAAAUUUAAAGAAAUUCACCAAAUACGAGUUCUUCAUUUCGCCGUUUUACAAAUCGGUCGAAGGGCAGCCGUCCAACUCCCGGAUAGCUCAGACCUUGGAAGACGUGCCUUCCGCCCCCCCAGACUCCAUUAGCGCAGGCGUAUUCAACGAUACCGCCGGCUGGGUAAGAUGGUCGCCACCCCCGCCCCAGCACUGCAACGGCGUAAUAAUCGGCUACAAGGUACAGAUCAAGGGGAAUCUGAUCAGGACGAUGACCCUCAACGCCAGCACCACCUCUAUUUUGAUUAGCAAUCUCACCACGGGCGGGUUAUACAACGCUAAGGUGGCAGCACUGACGAUUGCCGGCCAAGGACCGUACUCGAAUCCCAUUCCGUUACUCACGGCACCAAGAACGCAGAGUCCUCGAGCGUUGGGACCCUUAGUUCCCCUGGUUCGGCAGACUUGGUUCGUAGUGGUUCUCGCGGUUUUGGUGGUUGCCCUUUUGAGCGGAACCGGCGGCCUUCUCUACAUAAAAAAGAGACAGUCGAUGGCCAAGCAGCUGGGGCACCUUAACGUGCCUGUCGUGAACGCCUCCCAACUCAAUGCCAAGGAAAGUUUGUGGAUAGAUAGAGGCUGGAAGUCCACCGACUGCGACAAGGAUUCUUCCAUUCCGCUCGCACAACCCGCCGAUUACGCAGAAGUGGACACAAAAAAUCUAUCUACAUUCUAUAACUGCAAGAAAACGUUGGACAGUCCAACACCAUACGCUACGACAAUGCUGCUUCCUCCGCCGAGUUGGUCGGAAAUCAUACCGCCGCCUCCGGACCAUCCGCCGCCGGACUGUCCCCGCGAAACGCCCCCGUGCCCGCCUCCCAGAGGCGGCGGCAGCAAUUGCAGCAGCAACUACGCUUGUUACGCUGUGCACUUGCCGAACCAGUGCACCAAGGGAUUACAAUUCCCGAGAACGCGUUCCUGUAAUAAUUGCUCGCUGGCUAGUGGCAGCAGUUCAGGUCAAAGGUCGGGGGGCGGCCACAGCAGGGGCGGAGGCCACUGUUCCUCAUCGUCGGUCCAUCCUCAGCACUGUGAUACUAAGGUUUGGUUUAACCAGCACGCCGGCAACUGGGACGACGUAGCUGCCGACGCUGAUUGCGAAAUGGACAGGCAUUCUUGCUCCAGCAGUCACGACACCACCUGUUCCUGUUCCGAAUCGUCUUGCCUGUACGCAGAAGCGAUAACCGCCGGUAGAUCUCCAGCUCCGGUUCCCCACUGCUAUAGCAAAAGAACUAAAUGAAAAAUGCUUAGUUUUUCGGAUGUGGGGCGCUACUAGCGAAUUCGUGAAACUCUGCCCGUGUGCGUGUUAUUAGUGUCAAUUAGUGGGCGGACGUGUCGCGGGAACAACCGAAAUAUUAUUGCGACACAAACGAAAAAAAGUCGUAGAGCCAGCGUUUUUGGAUCUCUGGUAAUAGAUCUGCGUGAUCAAUUGGCGAAUUGCUUUCGUUUGGGCACUUUUAAAUAUUCUGAAAUUACAAAGAGCAGCCAGACAACGGAACCCAAUUGAACUAAGUGCUGAAUGAAACAAUGAACAUUUGAAACUAACAAAGAUACAUGUUAAUGUUGAUCACUUUUGUAUCUCCCCUUCCGUACCGGAGCAGUAUAUCCCACUUUUGUAUAUGUUUUUUUUUUAAUUAUUUGAGUGGGCUUGUUAUUAGCAUUUCAAUAAUGUGCAACACAUAAUACCUAUUUUAAAUACGAAGUUUUUCUUUUUUAUGAAUAGAGUAUAUAGAGACUUUUUCAUAUAAAUGGCAUGACUUUACAAAAAUGUUUACUUAUGUUUACAUAUUUUUGUAAAGCUCAAAAUAAGCCUAAAGAAAUUAUUUUAAAAAAGGAUGUUCAAUUGAAAAACAGACACAAGUUUGCCUUGUCUAUGAAAAUUGGCGAGUUUCGGCAUCUUAAUGAAAAAAAAACUACGCAGAUCAGUUUUUGUCUAUCUGUAUCUGAAACUUGAUGAAAAAAUUGCCUGAGUUCUUGAAAGCGGCAACAUACUAGCCGUAAAACCAUCAAAACGUACUUACAAUGUUGAGUUUUUCAAUUCAUUCUAUAUUCUAUCCAGAACAUGAUUUUCCAUUUUGUGGUGUCUACAGGCUUGUCCAAUUCUGUUAUGUUCUGUUUACACAAAUUGUCACUGCACCUUCGAAUAGACCACUUUAAAUAGUAUGAGGAAAUUUUAACUGUGGUGGCCAAAUGUCAUCCGAACUUAACCAGGAUAUUAUACAAAAUAGCAAAAUUAUGGUUAUAUGAAACAGCAGACUAUCUAUGAUUAAGAGGUGGAAAAUUCUAAAGGACUUUAAUAAAAUGCGCGAUUACUUUUUUGCUGUAAAGAUCGCUUAAAAUGCAUAUUCGCCAGAAGUGGCAGCAGAUAUUCUGUUCAUUCCGCACAACCCUAACCUAACAACCACAAAGUUUUAUGAGUACAAGACUCACCAAUCUACUAGAGAACUCUUUUACUGAGAAAGCGUUCUGACUGUACACUGAGAACAAACUUCAAUUUUUUUGACAUCUCAAAAUGUCAUUUAACCAGUUGCACUCAUCGAAUUAAGAGGUUAGAAUUCACUGUUUUGGUUGUUUGUGGACAGUUUAUACAAAAAUUUGAAGAAAGUAGGUGGCGAGGCAAGCCUCGGGUAAAAAAUUGGAGUUUACAAUUAGUUUUAAAAAAAGUUUAGUAAAAUGUACACGCAUUUUCGAGAAAUUAUCAUUCUUAAACUAGUAGGAAAUGUGGAUCAGAGUGAGGCUAAAAAACUAUGCGAAACAAAAACUAACCAAGAUGAACGAUGACAAGAGAAAACCAAAAAUAGGCAGUGCGUCUCUGCUGGUAGAACCCAAACAUAAUUAAUGUUACUAUUUACAAAACUUUCGUUUAUACGUUUCGUAAAUAGUAUUACAGUCGCCUGUGGAAGUUUCUUUGAAAAAACGAAUAUGUCAUUCAAAAAACUGAAAUUGUUGCCAAAAAACCUUUUUAAAGGCACCAAUUUUACUCA